GGACAGGUCCUCGCGCGUACCGGAGCGUUGCAAACGGUCACCAAUGAUAAUGAACGCCUGGCUGAGACGUUGCCCUGUAGCGUAGCGGUUUGAAAGCCCCAUGUCUCACACGAUCCAGCAGCCAGUAGCAUGCUAUGUUCACAUAGAUACACAUGGUACUAUCGUUCCUGUACCUCCAUUGCUCUACCAGUAACCACGUUGAAGACCAAACAGCCUCACGCGACAUGGCCACCCUAACUCAACUACCUCCAAACUCAAGAACAGGUGGCAGACGACAUUCUGACCCUACCAAAAGCGGACAUCGAUCAUUCCCACUCAAUGGCAAAGGCCGCUCAUCAUCUUCCUCAUCGGCUUCUUCACCUUCAAGCAGCCGCCUAGAAAACCACCCCAACCGCGAAGCCGCCAUCCUCCCUCCAGUCCCCGAAGACGCCCCCAUCCUCCAAGAAAGCAUCAGUCCCGACAACACCAACCGCCGCUCCUCCUCAAACCAAUGGGCCAAACGCCUCUCAUGGAUACCAGGGUGGACCUUCGCCGGUUCACCACCCAUCACCCCACCCCAACAAGAACCCAACCCCCUCGAACGCACCCCAAGCCAAGACUCCUACCUCGCCAACAACACGCGUAUGUCCCGUCUCCGCAGCAGCAUGUCCACCCUCUCCGAAGUCGUCCUCCGCGAUACCGAACCUUCUCACGAAAGUAAUUUCCCCGAAAACCCUCAAUUCCCGGAAUCGUCUGGACAACCUAUGCUUUUGCACGUUUAUGGUACAAUCGAUAACCUCAAUCCUCUCAGCAUGCGACUCCAGAUCCCGAGGGGAUUUGUUUAUGCGGAUUUCUCAGGUCCGCCGCCGACACAGUAUCAGGCGCUUUUGGAGUAUAUUCGGCCGCAGUUGAGGGAUGGGGAUAUGUUAGUGAGGCCUUUUAUUGAACGGUAUGCGAGGGAUCGGUAUUGUGCGAUGGCUGUGAGAGGUGCGAUGCAGGAUUGUGUGUUUAAGUGUAUGAUUAUUGGGGUGUUUCCUAUGAAGAUGUUUUUGAAUCUGGAGGAUGGGAAGAAGGAGGUUAAAUUUGAGAGUUAUGAGUUGGAGGUGCAGAUGUAUGAUCCGGGGAUGGCUGUUGCUUUGGGGCAGGUUUGAGGGGUGCGGUGGGAGGCUGUGGUGAUGGAAGGAUAAUCAUCGGUGGUGAUGAAGAUUGGACGAGUGGUGGUUGUUGGAGUGGGAGUACAUGGCGGCAGUAGGACGAGGAUUGGGUGUUGCUGCGUGGAUUUGACGAGCGGGUGAAGUGGACGAAAUCACUGUAUGUCGUCGGAAUUUCCUACCUCUUCCUAUGCGGG